CUCCUUUCCCUUUCUUUCCUUUCAAUAUGACACAGAUUAUCAACACCGAGACGCAUUCACUUGCUUCGAAAUGGGACAUUGAGCCUUCAGUUUUGCAAAAUUUGCGGGAUGAAUGCGCGAGUGCUAAAGGAAGGGCUUACUGCCCGUACUCGAAAUUCCAAGUCGGCGCAUGUCUUCUUACUCAUGACGGAGCGUUGAUAUCCGGAGCAAAUGUCGAGAACGCAAGCUAUCCAGUUGGAUUAUGCGCCGAGCGGACGGCGUUGUCCAAGGCAGUGACAGAGGGACAAAGGUCUUUCAAGGCGCUCGCCGUUUCUACAAACAUCACUCCUCCGGCUUCGCCAUGCGGAAUGUGUCGUCAAUUCAUCCGCGAAUUCUGCGACCUUAAAAUGCCCAUUUUCAUGUAUGACAAGAAUGGCGACUGCGUUGUCCGAACUGUUGAGGAGCUCCUACCUAUGUCUUUUGGCCCUGCGGAUCUGGCUGCCUAAUUGCGCGGCUGCGCUAUGCGUACGAGAAACCUUUUUCUGAACACUUGGUGUUUGCUUGAAACGGCGGAGUCGGUGCUAUAUAUCCAGGAUGAAGGCGGUGUAGGUGUGUUUGAUUUGGGAGUACUGUGCGAAUUUCUUUGACACCAAGUUUUUCCGAGGGAGUCUUCUUGGUAAUGCCCAAAAGGCCCGAGAAAGUAAGCGGUUAUGGCCAAAGAGACUCAGAAAUCUCUCAGAGGUCAUAUCAGAGAGCUUCAAUAAAGAGUCAAUUCUUGAACA